AGGAAGUGCGAAUACAAAGUACGGCGGGUUAUAACUAAAAGUGAAGUGCCAGUUUUUCUUUCCACGAGAAGAAUAAUUAGUUUCAAGUUCAAGUUCCAAGCAGCAAAAUGUUGAUGAUGAUGAAAAUAUUUUUGACUUCUACACUCAUAUGUGGCAGCUUUGUGAUUUACAAUUUUAUAGAUGGACAAGCCCAACAUCUGAUCGCUCAAGCGCUGUAUCUCGGCGAUCCAGAAUCUUUCAACACCACCAAAGAGGACUGCGUAUGGAAGCGAGAGGGCAUGGAGAACCAUUGUCCGGAUCCGGCGAUAAGAACGAUCCUAUAUACAUCCGGAAUUGUGAAGGACAAAUUUGUGUUCGACAUGUAUCAUCCGGACUGGCUGAACGAUUCCGAAUGGGAGCCGGCAAAGGAGAACAUAAUUCUAGUUCAUGGUUAUGCCGGCGGUGAAGACUCGCUGCCGAUUGCGGUGCUACGAGAUGCCUACGUUAACCACGGAGGAUACAACGUGUUUCUGGUUGAUUGGGGUUCUCUCGGGCAACCGCCCUGCUACGUUGCGGCUGUCUACAAUAUCCGUCCGGUUGCGGUGUGCUUGGCGCAGACAUUUAUGAAACUGAGAGCUCUGGGACUUCCGACGGAGAAAACUACAUGUGUAGGUCAUUCACUUGGGGCACACAUUUGUGGGCUGAUGGCGAACUUUUUGAACUUCAGAAUGGAACGAAUCAUCGCUUUGGAUCCAGCAAGGCCUCUUAUUAAACCCGGGCACAUUAAUCGUCUAGACAGUGGAGAUGCCAAGUCGGUUCAAGUCAUGCACACUAAUGCUGGCCACUACGGUGAAGGAGGACGAGUAGGGCAUAUUGAUUUUUGUGUCAAUGGUGGACGUCGACAGCCAUUUUGUGGCAAUAGUACUAACGUCAACUUGUGCAGCCACGUUUGGGCUGUCUGCUAUAUGGCACAAUCCCUAUAUGAAGGUACCGAACCUAUGGCGGAACCGUGUAACCGCAGAUGCCCGACAAACGUACUCAUGCCGCCGGGCAGACAGAGAAGGGGACGCUUUGGCUAUGCAAUAGGCUAUGCAAUUGCAAUGGGACAAAAGACUCCGAUGAACGCUUCCGGUUCGUACUGCAUUAAAGAUGCUACCCCGCCAUUCUGUCCUACUCAUCCUGGUGGGCCGGGUGAUAAACGAUGCUGCAUUUAAUUAAAUCGGAACUAUCUUUGAAUAAUAUGUAACCAAUUCUGCUCGUUGAUACUGUGUUUUCUUGUUACAUAUAUGUGAAUGUUUAACAAGACAACACAGCAUUAACGGUCCAGUGUUAGAAUAAAAUGUAACUGCUAAGUAGUUAUUCAUAUACAGUUAUAAAACGUACUUUAAAUGGUUAAUUUUAUAUCAUUGAUCCGUGCUUUGUUGAAUUUAUAAGUGCGAUUUAUGUUUGAAUGUUCUAUUAUUGAUUAAUUAAAUGGACUUCUACA